AUGGUCAAGGGUGAGAUGACCGAGUUCAAGGUCUACGGUCAGCCGAUGAUGAACCUCGGCAUCUACCAACACAGCGACCCGCUGGCCAUUCGCAAGCCCAGCAUCCAAAUCGAGUUCAGGAAACAGGAGGGCAUCGCGGCUUUGCGCAAGACCACGUUUUGCAACACAGCGUGUGUCGGCCGCACCGAACGAAAUAGUAAGCAUUAG